UGUUGAUUCUCGGCUUAAAGAACUUCUGCAACGGAUGUGAAGGCGUCUGUACUUAUCAAUUAGCCUGCUUUGGAUUCAUGGCCUUGCGUGCCACAACACUGUCCCUGCAAAAGGUGUUGUUUUCUGGGAGCUUUGCUGGACCUCUCGUGAUUCGUGGAAUGGCUACAGCAGCGGACGUAGAGAAGGCACUGAAAGAACGAUUGAAGGCAUCGGAAGUGACUGUCAUCGACACAUCAGGAGGAUGCGGUGCAAGCUUUGACGUUGCAGUCAUUUCGGAAGCUUUCGAGGGCAAGAGAUUACUUGAACGACACAGAUUGAUCAACAAUGCCCUCGCUGAGGAAAUGAAGCAAAUUCAUGCGCUGAGCAUCCGGCAGUGCUGGACUCCAGAGCAGCAAAAGAAGGCGCAGGGCACUUGACUCUGCCACCAGCCAGCACUCAGUGAAGGUCUCCAGCACUUGGCAGCAUUUCCUUGCUGCUGGAUUUCUCCAGAACAGUAUGCUCUUAGUUGGGGCAUUGCUCUCAGGAUGAGAUGGACAACGCGCUUGACUAAAUGUGCAUAGCACAUUGUGAAGUCCGGUAGUAUCACUUUUCCAGAGAUGUUGGAAAAGUAGCCUAGUUAUAUGGUAAGUGGUGAAUGCUCGCGGCUGCAAGGCAACUUCGCUGAUUGCCAAGAUGUAUAGAAGGGAUCUUUGCAGACCCUUGCACUUGCCAAUUGUGCAGCACCAAGAGAUCUGCCGACAGAGCAAGUUACAGGAUAUGUAAAUUCUGAAGGGAAAUGCACAAUCAUCCGGCUGGGCCCCCCAUGGGCAAGUUAGACAUGCGGGGGCUAGCAUUCCGAUAACUCCUUUGAAUAGCUAGCAAUGCUACGACACUGCAUAUAUAUGUUAUCAAAGUCAGUUGCUUGGGCGUCCGGAAGAGCCUGCAGACCAGCUCCAGCAAUCCCUCUUGGGAGAUGGGUGAGUGCCAAAAUUGUGCAAGAGCUUGUUGAAAGUCUUUCCAGCUCGACGUUGCAUGCGCGUUUGAAUGCUGUUGAUGCAAUU